AUGGAGCUGGCGAGUGCGCUCACCGUCCUCCUGGCCAUCUGCUUGGUGCUCAUCACGGUCAAGAGGAAAAUGUCUUCCCAUGGGAGGCUGCCCCCCGGGCCCACCCCCCUGCCUGUGAUCGGGAAUUUCCUGCAGAUAAAAGCUGCAGAAACCUGCAAAUCUCUCAUCAAGCUGAGUGAGAAAUAUGGCCCCGUGUUCACGGUCUAUUUUGGAAAUCGUCCGGUGGUCAUCUUGUGUGGUCACGAUGCCGUGAAGGAGGCCCUGGUAGACAAGGCGGAAGAAUUCAGUGGAAGGAAGACCAUGCCCACCUGGGAUAGAAACUUCCAGGGAUACGGCGUGGUCUUUGCCAACGGGGAGCGCUGGAAGCAGCUGCGACGGUUCUCCCUCACCGUCCUGAGGAAUUUCGGGAUGGGGAAGAAGACCAUUGAGCAGAGGAUCCAGGAGGAAGCUCAGUUCCUGCUGGAGGAAUUCCGGAAGACCAAUGGUGAGAAGAAGCCCUUUGAUAACACCUACUUCUUGAGCCGCGCCGUCUCCAACGUCAUCUGCUCCAUUGUCUUUGGGAACCGCUUUGACUAUCAAGACAAGGAAUUCCAGGCCUUGAUGGAGAUGAUAAACAACACCUUCCGGGAGAUGAGCACCGCUUGGGCCCAGCUCUAUGACAUCUAUACCAAUAUCCUGAAGUACUUCCCUGGCCCCCACAACAAGAUCUAUGACAUGCUGGAAAACAUGAGGCGCUUCAUUGCCAAGAGAGCAGGGAAGAACCGGGAAACUUUAGACCUCAACUCCCCGCGGGACUUCAUCGACAGCUUCCUCAUCCAGAUGGAAAAGGAAAAAAACAACCCCGACAGCGAAUUCAACGUCAAGAACCUGGAGCUCACCACCCUCACCCUGUUCUUUGCCGGGACGGAGACGGUCACCUCCACCCUGAGAUAUGGCUUCCUGUUCUUGAUGAAAUACCCCGAGGUUCAAGCAAAGAUGCACGAGGAAAUAGUCCGGGUGAUUGGCCAGAACCGGGCCCCGAACAUCGAAGACCGGAACCAGAUGCCGUACACCGAUGCCGUCAUCCACGAAGUGCAGAGAGUGAGUGACCUCAUUCCCAUGAAUUUACCGCACAUGGUCACCCGAGACACCGAGUUCAGAGGAUACCUCAUCCCGAAGGGGACGGAAGUCUAUCCAGUACUCACCACCGUCUUGAACGACUCCACGAAAUUUAAAAAUCCAAGACAGUUCAGCCCAGAACAUUUCCUGGAUGCGGACGGAAGCUUCAAGAAGAACGAUGCAUUCGUGCCCUUCUCCUCAGGGAAGCGGAUCUGCCUGGGUGAAGCCAUGGCCCGCAUGGAGCUCUUCCUCUUCUUCACCACCGUCCUCCAGAGCUUCCGGCUGAAGCCCCUCAUGCCCCCAGAGGACAUCGACACGACUCCCCUGGAGAGCGGCUUUGCCAACAUCGUCCCCACGUACCAGAUGUGCAUGGUCCCACGCUGAGCGGGAACCCCGCCCGGAGCGUUCUCU